AUGCUCAUGUACCAGGAAUACCAGCAGUACCUGCAGAAGCGCGCCGGCCCCGCUCCCGACGCGGGCGCGACUGCGGGCGCGGCGCCCGGCGACAAACCGUCGCACUGCGACGGCCACGACGAGAUGGGCUGCUUCCAGGUGCGGCUCUACUACGACUGGUUCCUUGUGCCCGGCUCAUGCAAGUGCUGGAGGCCCGACUACUUCGCCCGCUACGUGCGCCGCCGCCACUCCGGCGAGCUCUAACUUCAUCGCUCCUUUCCAACGGUGUAAGCACCAGCGGCUAUACGUGACGCUAAAUAUAAAUCUACGCGGCUGAUGUUCAGUCACCAUCAAAGAUAAGCAGGCGUGUAUGGUAGACGUAAUAACGACUUGGUGGAGUAAAUAUCACUGUCAACAUAUCGCUCGAUAAAUUGACGCAAGCUUUAUCCUGUCAUUAUCAAGUCGAUAAUGCGUCUUCCGUAACUCCGUUAUACUAUACACGGUGCUCAAAAAAACUUUAUAAGUACCAAAAUAUUUAAUAUUUGAAUGUGCAGCCCAGCGGUUGAUAAUAAAGUCGAAGUCGAAACCACCUUCUUUGUUUAGAUAUAACUGUUGGCGGCCGUUCCAGUUUCAUAGGGAAGCCGAAAUUUUGAAUAUUUUUCUUAUAUACUUUCUUCAACUGUUUUUUCUUAUGUGUUUGUCCGUGUGUUUGUAAUUAUGAAUUAUUUU